UCUCUCCUCUGCCUACACGGCGACGCAAAACGAGCGUGCAGUUUACCAAUUAUCGAAAUAUCAUUAUUCUAAAAUCAGAAGUAAUCAACUACUUCUCGUCCCGGUGAAGUAUUAUUAGCCACAAAUACUCAACAUGAGAAGAAAUGCCACCAUGAAUGUUCUGUUCGCUGUUAUCCUGAUGGUCUGCCAGAUAUCUCCUCUAGUUUCCAUUCUGUGGCCCCCAAGAUGUUACAGGAAAGUGGAUGUGGGAACAUGCGACGCAGUUAAGCUGAGGUGGUUCUAUGAACCCAUAACAAGGCAAUGCAAGAUGUUCGCAUACAGUGGAUGUGGGGGAAACUUGAAUCGAUUUCGUACAGAAAAAGGGUGCCUGCGGACGUGUCAAAUGACAUCUCAACCCGAACUGUCCUGCAGCGCCAAACCAAACCCGGGUAAUUGCAAAGCCUACCGCCCGAUGUGGUAUUUCGACGCUGAAGUGGGCUACUGUCGCGGCUUCGUCUACGGCGGCUGUGGCGGAAAUAGAAACACCUACCCGAAUUGCCUGGCUUGCAUGAGCCGGUGCACAAAUUACAAUCCCUAUCUGAUGUGCCAGUACCUUGAGUAUGAGUUCUUCAAAAAGUUCAUCGCGGGCAAGCUCAUAGUUCCUCCACCACAAGUUUCCACGGGGGCGACCUCACAGUUCCCACCGGCGGGACCGGGAACAACGAUGGCACAGCCAAUGUCGCCAAUAAUGGUGGCACGACCGACGUCGAUGAACGCGGUAGCACAACCAUCCCCUGCCACACAGCCGGCAUCAGUGAAUGGGAACGCACCGGUGUGGAGGGCUGCUGAGCCAUCUGGC